CGGCGACAGUGAGAGCCUGUCCUCCCACGCGGCGCAGCCGUGCUCGCGCAGCAGCAAACUACACACCGAUCGUCGCGUCUUGAUCGCACGUCGACGAGCGAACGACCACCACUCGUCGCGCGCGCGUGAGCACAACACAAGGAGCACUGCUGCAGCAUCAUGCCGUCCAAGCAAGCAGCGAAGCAGCAGUACGCCACCAUGGCGGCGGCCAAGCGCGACAUCAAGGCGCUCUUCGAGGCGGCGAGCCGCGGCGACACGAAGACGGUCGAAGGCACGAAGGACCUCGACAAGUACAAGGACGGUCGCGGGCGCUCCUGCCUGCACUUCGCGGCGGCGAGCGGUUCUGUUGAUUGCGCGAAGCGGAUAUUGGAGCUCGCGCCGCAAUUAUCAUCUCAAGCCGACGACGACGGCGCGACGCCGCUGCACCUCGCGGCGUCGCGCUGCCGCACGGCCGUCGUCGAAUUAUUGCUGAAGUGGGGCGCCGACGCGAAGGGCGCCGAUUCUUCCGGAGCGACGCCCUUACAUAAAGCCUGCGCGCCGGCCGAGGCGACGACCGAGGCACAAGAAUGCGUCAAGGUACUUGUUGAAAAUGGCGCCGACGUGAACGCGCAGGCCAAGAGCUCGGGCACGCCCCUGCACUGGUCCGCCGGCUGCGAUGCUGUUGAAGCGAUGCCAGCAUCCGCAGAAGCGUGUGCUACUUUGUUGGAGCUGGGCGCGGACCCGAAUUGCGUGGACGCGCGCGGCAUCGCGCCUAUCUUACUCGCGGCGGCCGUCGGCAACGCGGACGUCGUGGAGCGAUUAGCGAGAAAGGGCGCGGACUGCGGCGCGGUGGUCGCGGGCGGUGCGACGGUGGCCCACAUGUGCGCCGACCGGGGCGAUCUUGCAGCCCUUAAAGCUGUUUGUGAAAAUGGCGCGAACGGCCGGAAAGCGUGUAAACACGCCGAUGCCGACGGGAGGACGGCCGCGGGCUGCGCCGCCGUCGCGGGCCGGCGGAGUUGCGCCGAGUAUGCUUGUCAGAUAACUGAAGAGGACUUCGACGAGCUCUGGACGGCCGCGAAGAACGCGCCCAAAACUGUUGAUGAGAAGGAGCCACCACCAAAACCGCUGCCGGCGCCGCCGUCGGACGAGGACGCGCUCGAGGCUAGAAGGCUGAAAGACGAGGGCAACGCCCACACUUUAAAGGGCGAGCAUGCUGAGGCGCUCGCGCUCUACACGAGAGCUAUCGAGCUCGACGCCACGCAGAAGACCUUCUUCUCGAACAGGUGCGCGUCUCGUUUAGCGCUUGGCGACGCGGCUGGUGCGUUGGAAGACGCGAAUGAUUGUGUCGUGCUCGACGGCCGGUGGCCGAAGGCGCACUAUAGGAGGGGCGCCGCGCUCGAGGCCACGGGCGACUACGAGGAGGCGGCGGCGGCGUACUUCGACGCCCUGAAACUCGACGAGAAGAACUCGGGCCUCAAGAAGGCGCUCCAGGACUGCGUCGCGCGCGGGCGCGCGGCGGCGGCGAAGGCGCGCGACGAAGGCGGCGAGGGUAACGGUGGUUAAUUGUA